UGUGGCGGGAGGGGCACGCGGGACGGCGGCAGCUGCGCGACAUCAGCCAUGGCUAACCUACGGCCGAGCCUAUAAAAAAAAAUAUACACACAUAUACCAAUCUAUGCUACGCAGUAUCAAUUUCGGUGUGUUCACUUCGUCGGUGUUGUUAUCACGACCAAGGCUUGUUUUUACCGUCGUCGUCGUGUACUGUAUUGCGUUUCGCGUCCCGUUCCGUCUGCUUUGUCGCGCAACCAACGCCGUAGUGCGCCGUGCUCGUUUAUACUCGGGAUGUAACGAUCGUCCUGCCCGUCGACAUGCGGAUCAUCGAUUAACAGUCGUGUCGUUGUUUUGUACGAGCCCGACGAUCACGGACCGUUGUCCGGCGCCGUAUGGUUACCGCAAAUAUUUCAUCGUAAGAGCCUGACCUCGACGAGACACCACCACCCCAUAUUUAUUCACAACACUUCCGUGCCGAUCAUUGCGUACGACAAUUGAAAAAUUCACACAUUUUCUUACGCGCGAUAUCGUAUCACUCGAACGCCUACAGCGUUUGUUUACGUUUUGUUGGCUGCCGUUGGAACCGACCGUAUGAACUUCGUGUAGUGAUAUUCAGAGGGAAAAUCGUUUUUCGUGCUGCAAACUUAAGCAUUUUGUCAUACUCUCCCCGUUCAAACGUUAACGGCUACAAGAUAAUCGUCAAAAACAGUUUUAAUGGAUCCAUCAGUUUUAACAACGUUGAAAAUUUUAUUAAUAGGACAAAGUGGAGUAGGGAAAUCAUGUCUAUUAUACAGAUUUACAGAUGAUACUUUCAAUGUUGAUAAUGCAGUUACUAUUGGUGUUGAUUUUAAAAUGAGAAAAAUAACAGUGGAUAACAAUAACAUUAAGUUAGCAUUAUGGGAUACUGCUGGACAAGAAAGAUUCCGUACCUUAACUCCAAAUUAUUACCGUGAUGGUCAAGGUGCUGUACUUGUUUAUGAUGUAUCAAACCGUGAUUCUUUUACAUGUCUAGAAACAUGGAUUAAUGAACUUAAUAUGUAUUCUACUAAACCUAAUAUCAUUAAAAUGGUUGUUGGAAAUAAAAUUGAUCAGGAAAGGCGAGUUAGCCGAGAAGAAGGUAUUGCUUUUGCUCGUCGUCAUCAAACAUUAUUUAUUGAAACUAGUGCUAAAACUAAAGAAGGUGUUCAUAUGGCUUUUGAAGAAUUAGUGAGAAAAAUAAUAAAUACUCCAAGCUUAUGGGAGAAACCUGAAGAUGUCAAUGUUGUUCGAUGUAAUAAUGAAAAUUCAGCACCAGAGCAAUCAUAUUGUAGUUGUUAGCAAUUUUAAAUUGUUAAAAUAUUCUAAAAGUGUGAUUUCUUGUAAACACUUUUUGUAUAUGAUUAUAUCAUUGUAUGUACAUAACUAAUGAUAUAACUCACAAUUAAUUCAUGUAAACGUUAAUAUUUUAAUAUUUUUUUUUUUUUUAUUGCACAUAAAUAAUUUUAU